GAGGGAUACGUUACUAUGGGAACACCACGACCUCGCGGAUAAACCUGUGGCCUUUCCCCACGGCGACCAGCUCCCUCCCUUCCCCUCCCCUUUUCCCCCUUUCCUGACCCCUCCUGGUCUCCUUUCCCUCCCUCCCCCUCCCCCCCAGCCCUGACCCUCUACCCCCGUUUCAUUUUCCCCAACUCUAGGAACCCUCGGCGAUAGGACUCUUGGUACAGGUGCAUUAGGUCCGUCUAGGGAAGAAUGUAACACGGAGCCGCUCGCCUAGAAGCUGUCGCCGCCUUUCUGUCGGGGGGACCUGGCCUAGUCCGCUACUCAGUCAGUGAUCUUUGAGACUCAUCCCGAGCGUGCGAGGCUGUGAUCAGGGUCUUCAGGUCUUCACUGGAACGACCUAUCCCACUGGCUUUCCUGAGUUUCCAGUUUACCUACUACAGAUUGUGAGACUUCUCAGCGCUAGAACUAUGAGAGUAUCCUGGUGCUGAACCACAUAGCUAGAGAUGCUCUUAACUCCAUUUUAAGAGCAGCACCUCAGACUGAACUUUGUGUAGAAGAGACUGGUCGAGAGACAGCGUCUAUACAUUGCAAGCCCAUCACUUCACUUCAGUACUUCCCAUUUCUAAGGGUAAAGCCAAUAUGCCGCUCAUUCUAGGAAAAACAGAAAAUGAGCAGAAGAACAAGCUAAACAUGUCACUCACCCUAAUUGGAGGAGAAAAUGGUCACAAGGCCAAAUUCAGUAAACAGAAUACUCUAAACAAAAAGGAAAAUGAUCAAGAAGACAAGUUUGAAGAUGCCUAUGAAAUUAUCCCUGUGGCAUCAUCCAUGAAUCUAAUAUCUUCCUUGGAAGAAUGCACAACUGGGUUGUACUUAUUCCUAAAUAACAGAUUUUCAGAGGCAAUAAGUCUCAUCCAUCCAUGGUCUAAAAACAGCAUAUACCAUGCCCUAAUGUACAGUAUGCUUAUGAUUGUCAGGGCCAUCCUGACUUUUGAUCCACAGGAUAUUGAGACUGGAAUUUCUGUCUCCAAGGAAGCAUUGAAAACUUGCAAUAAUUUCCGCAAAAGACCUAGAAUAAUGACUUUAUCAUAUCUAGUGAAUAGGCAUGGAUUAAAGGCUGUCAACGAAGAAGAAUUGCAUGCAGAAGUCUGUUAUGCUGAGUGCUUGAUCUUGAAGUCCUCCAUAUCAUUUAUACAAGAUGACAGUUUGCUUGGUUUUUUUAAAAGCAGCAUCAGCAUUGGGUCCAGUUAUCAGAUAUACAAAGACUGUGAACACGUAUUAACACUUAUGCCAAAGAACCAAAGCAAAGCCCACAAACACCUGGAUGGAGGGAUAAAGUUUGGACUUGGAGCAUUCAAUUUGAUGUUAUCGCUUGUGCCACCAAAGAUACUAAAACUUCUCAGUAUCGUAGGCUAUUCUGGUAAUAGAGAUCUAGGCUUGGCUUUGCUUCAUGAGAGUGCAUCUGAACCCCAUAUAAAUUACAUCUUAAGUGUUUUCACUCUACUCUUUUAUUACAACUAUAUCCACGUAGCUUUUGGUAUUGAAAAGAUUCCCUGUCCUGCUACAGAAAAUCUCUUCCUUGUCUACCUCCGCAAAUUUCCAAACUGUGUUGUACUUAAAUUUUUUCAUGCACGUUUUAGCAUGCUGAAAGGCAAUUUUGAAAACGCACAAUUAAAAUUACAGGAGUGUAUUUUUACUCAGAAUGAGUGGAAGCAGAUUCAUCAUCUCUGUUAUUGGGAAAUCAUGUGGUGCCACAUUUUUCUGCAGAAUUGGAGGCAAGCAUUCCAUUAUGCCAAUCUCCUCUCUCAGAAUAGCAAAUGGUCUAAGGCAAUAUACGUGUACAGCAAAGCUAUAUUACUGGCUUUGCUCCCUUCUGAUUUUGCAAAAUCAGCAAGCGAGGACAUAAGCUCUCUCUUCUUAAAUGUGGACAGCCUGAGAAUGAAAAUUUUAGGCAACUCUGUGCCGAUAGAAAAGUUUGUGGCUGAGAAAGGUCAGCGCUAUGGUACUACUUCAGGCUGGUUUACAGCACAGCCCCUUCUGGAAUUCAUUUAUGCCUGGAGUGGUUUCCGAGUCAUGAGCAAAAAAAUAGAGCUUAUUUCAAGCUGGCUAUCUAUAAUUGACAGAGGAAAAGAUCUUUUGCAAGAAAAUCCAAACGAGGAGUAUGGUACAGAUGACAUCAGUUUAUUAAAUUUACUUAAAGGUCUAUGCCUGAAACACUUAGGAAAAUAUUUGAAGGCUGAACACUAUUUCAAUCGUGUUCUUCAGAAUGAGAAAUUGUUAAAAUAUGACCACUAUUUGGUACCAUAUACUUACUAUGAACUGGGAAUUCUACACUAUCUAAAUGGAAAUUACGCCAGUGCAACCAAAAGCCUGGACAACAUCAAAAACUAUAAAGACUAUUCUAUGGAGGCCCGAUUACAGUUUAGAGCUCAUAUAGCCCUUGAACAAAUAACCAAAGAAAUGUAAUUUAAACACAAAGUAUGCUUUUAUUUCAUAAAGCGGAAUAUCUACAGUAGCAAGGUAAUUAGUAGACUGUUUCUUCUUGAAAAAAAGAAAACACAUCCCAACAGGUGGCAGCUAAGAAUAUGAUUAGUAACAAGAAAGAAAUUGGCCAUUUCCCCCCUUUUCCCUUCUCCUUACCCAUAAAAUGUAAUUUGACCAGCAAA